AUGGAAACACUUUACAGUCUGGAGGGCUACGAGUUUAAAGAGCUCUUGGGAGAAGGAAUGUAUGCAGAGGUGUAUCUUGCAAAAAAGGGCACAGAAACAUGCGCGAUGAAGGUUGUGCACAAGGGAAAGCACAGAAAGAGGGGAACCAUGCAUGCAAAAAAGGAGAUUUCUGCACUGCAGAGGCUUGGAAGUAUGCCUGGCAUUGCCCAUCUGAAGGAGUGGCACGAGACAGAGAGCUUGGUCUUUAUUGCUUUAUCGUACUUCCGCGGGUACAGCUUAAGCAAUCUUCCGUCUGCGCUAAGCGUGCAGGAAAUUCUCUACACAGGCCUCUCCAUUCUUCAAACUCUUGCGCAGAUGCACUCUCUGGGGGUCUACCACCUGGACAUUAAGCCCGACAACGUAAUAGUGUCUCGGCACGGCGCCCACUUGAUUGACUUUGGGUGCUCUAUUAUUUCGCCUGAGUGCACGAUUAGCGGAAGCACGCUUCCAUUUGAGGGCACGCCUGCCUACAUGGCACCCGAAAUGAUUAAGAAGAAGUCAAGCUGCAUUUUGCUUGCUUCUCUUGACGUAUGGGGGUUUGGGUGUCUUCUGUACUACAUGGCUGUUGGAAAAGACACCUUUGUAUCAACAUCCCUGUACUCGCUCUAUCCAAAAAUACUAAGCUGUAAAAUAGACUAUACUGGUGUGCCGGACGAGAUAGAGGACAUAUGUAAGCAGAUUUUUAUAAAGCGCCCUGAUGAUAGAAUCACUGUGGCAGAUCUCAUUCUCCUCAUUAUGAAAAAGAUAACUGUAUAA